UCCCGCCGCGGUGCUCCCUGGGAGCUGUAGUCCCCGGGGCCCACGGCGGGAGGCGGUCGCGUGCGUGGCGGCCCGGCGCUCGCCAUGCCCAAAGCGCGGGCGGAGAAGCGGUCUCGGCAGGAGCGCCGCGGCGGCGGCGGCGGCACCGGAAUUCUGUUCAACACCGGAGCUGGCCAGCACAUCCUGAAAAACCCCCUCAUCGUCAACAGCAUCAUCGAGAAGGCUGCGUUACGACGUACAGAUGUCAUUCUGGAAGUAGGCCCUGGAACCGGUAACCUGACAGUGAAAAUGUUAGAGAAAGUAAAAAAAGUUAUUGCUUGUGAAAUUGACCCUAGACUUGUGGGUGAACUUCAGAAGAGAGUCCAGGGCACGUGUCUAGCAAACAAACUUGAAAUCAAGGUUGGAGAUGUGUUGAAAACAGAUUUACCAUUCUUUGAUGCGUGUGUAGCUAACUUGCCUUAUCAGAUUUCUUCACCCUUCGUUUUCAAAUUGUUGCUUCAUAGACCUUUCUUCAGGUGUGCAAUACUUAUGUUUCAAAGGGAAUUUGCACUUCGUUUGGUUGCAAAACCAGGGACUAAACUAUACUGCAGACUCUCUAUUAAUACUCAGUUAUUAGCUCGUGUGGACCAUCUGAUGAAGGUUGGCAAGAACAACUUCAGGCCCCCUCCUAAAGUUGAAUCCAGUGUUGUCAGAAUAGAGCCAAAGAACCCACCACCGCCUAUCAAUUUUCAGGAAUGGGAUGGUCUGGUAAGGAUAGCCUUUGUUAGGAAAAACAAGACACUCUCUGCAGCAUUCAAAUCAAGUGCUGUAGAGCAGCUGUUGGAUCAUAAUUACCAAAUUCAUUGUUCCUUACAUAAUACAGAGAUACCAGAAAAUUUCAAAAUUGCAGAGAAAAUACAGACAGUCUUAAAAAAUACAGGUUACUCUGAAAAACGAGCCCGUUCAAUGGAUAUAGAUGACUUUAUUAGACUACUGCAUGGCUUCAAUUCAGAAGGCAUCCAUUUCUCAUAGGUUCCCUCAGAAGAAUGAAAGAUAUUCCGUAUUUUGUCAUCUAAGUCUUACUGAAGCCAGAGUGACUGCUGUGGGACAAUAUCUUUUUGCAAAAGCAACAAACGGAACAUGGCAUGCAUAUCCUGGGUCUUUUUAAGAACAUUAGGUACAAUACAGAUAACAGGAAGAAGCUGCUGCUCUAUAUUUUAAAAGCGUUAAAUCCUUUCAGGACCAAAGUGAGGUGUUGGACUUCCAUGUGACUGCACAUUUUCAAAUAUAUCCCACUGACAUGUGGAUUGAUGCUGCCAUAACUGAGAUCUGUGUUGUCUGUUCAUGGACUUCAUCUCUAUGUUCUUGCAGUAUUCACAGUACAACUCUGAAUUCUGGUUUGGACAACAACAACAACAGAUUUGUAGCUGUUUCGUUUGUUUCUUUUUAAGUAUAUUUAAACAUUUUCUUUUCAUCCGAAAUGCUUGUCUUUUCCAUUUGUCCUUUGGUAGCUACCAGCAAUCCAAGUCUGUUUAGUAACCUGUUUCUCUUACAGAAAUCUUGGUAUAUGUUUUUCAGAAACAAGGGCAGCUUCUGGGCUUGAUUUCGGUUACAAAAAUGUUACUGAGGUUACCUAGAACUACCACUAUGCAACUCCUUUACCCCUUCCUCACUGCCAUUGAACCACUAUAGGAAACAGCAGUAAAGUACCAAGUGACCAGCACUCAUAGGCAUGGACAGAAGUUUUCCUGUCAAAAAAAAAAAAAAAAAAAUCAGCUCGAAUUGACAAUUGAGAAAUCUACUUUGCCAUUCAAGACAAAGGGGAGUUUUAGCCUAGAUGAAAGCUUUUUGUGAGCCUCAAAGCAGUGCAUUCCUGCAUUUGAUAAAAACACUCACUGAAGUAUCUCAAUAUAGUCUGGAUUAUAUAUUUGUUACCAACGCCAUGGCAAAGUUUACCCAAGGAAGAUUACAUUAACUCCGUAAAACAGCCAUUUUAAAAAAAUAUACUUAGUCUUUUUCUGAAUCAUAAGACAGAACAAACUCCAUAGCACGAUGCCGGACUGAAGGCAUGACUCUGUACUAACAUGACUCAUUUGUUUUAUAUAUGGCAUAUGUCCUUCCAUAAAUACAAUAGCAAAUGGAGAAGAGGCAUGAAAUUAGCAAAAAAACCACUUCUCCCACAUUAACUUCAUUUUAUUCAAAUCUAAGAAGUAUGAACGUUUCCUUGCAUUACUACAGUCAUUGAUUCAGGAACAUCCACUUGAAUUUGCAGACAUCCUGAAACAGGGGCUUGGAAAACUGAAUUGCUCGUUUACUCUAUAAUUUCAUGAUUUUAGUGCUGCUUCCCUGCAUACAGAAUACAUUUAUGAGUGAUGGUUGGUAGGCACAGAAAUAUGGCAAGACCAAUGCAGAAGGAGCAGGUGGUAGAGAUAGGUAUCACGCUUUUCAAAAUACUUUCAAAUGCUUUUACAGGACAAGAAACAAAAUAUGCUCCUCUGAGCCCAAUUCAAGUAAUUCCAGUCCAUCAUAGCAAUGGGCUGCAGGACUUAAAGUGCCAUAAAAAGCCAUAUUAGUUUUGUAUCUAUAUUCUUGCUGUAUUUUAGUAUUGGUGUCAAUCUGAUUUUAUAGCACGGGCCUGUAACAAAGGCUGUUUAACAUCCCUCCUGCUAGACACAUGAUUUUCUUAUAUCUGUUUCCUGACAGGGCUAGAUACAUUAUUUACAAAGCUUAGUAAAAGCUGCUGAACUCUAACUGCCUCUCUUCUGCCUCUCCUCUUUGGUACCUGCUAUAAACCAGUCUGUCUGUGGCUGUAGGUUUGCAUGGAGGAAUAGCAGUGAACUGAUUGUUUCUCAUGUUGGAUGUCUCGAUCUUUGGAGGAUUUAGAAAGUAAGAUUCCUCUAGAGCAACUUUAAAAAAAAAAAAAGAAGAAGAAGAAGAAGAAGAAGCCUGGGUUAUUCUAAUUAACCUGUACUAUCACCUACUGCAAAAACAACUGCCUUCCAUUUCACUUUUCCCCCCCCCCUUCUAGCUGUGAUGAAUGACAUUCUUAAACAAAUGCUCAGAAGGAUCAGUGAUGUUUCACAGAGAGCUGCUGCAAAACGAAGGUCAGGAAAAUGCUUCAGGGAACUCCUUCCUAAAUUACAAGCUUGCACAGAAUGGUCAUUUCCAAAAGUAAAUAAUCACUCUGAAAUCAGAGGCCUUUGAAAUAUUUUACAAAAUGUAACUCAGACGUGUUUACAAAGUGAAACCCUUCCCGAAGCAAAAUAUAACUUGCGUAGAAGUAAAUUCUCAUCUGUAAUUCAUUUAAUAGCUUAAUUUAUUAAACACAUUGUGUAAAAUCUA